AUGAAGAACACAAGGGGGGAAGGAUCCUUCGUGUCUGUGAUAGUCCGCGCCAGACCCCCCCUUGCGCCAGAAGCUCCUUACGGCCAUUGUGCCCGUACUGAAGGAAGGAAAGUCCUGCUGACCACCACUGCUGAGGAGGGGCCAACCCACCGCAAGAACAGGCAGCCACAACGUACCCGCACAGUGGAGUGCCAGUAUGACAAGGUGCUGGGCAUGCAGACCGACCAGGACGAGGUGUGGACUUGCGUGUUGCCGACGGUGGACAAGGCCUUCGAAGGUUACAACGUUACUCUCUUCACCUACGGGAUGACUGGAAGUGGCAAGACGCACACAAUGCUGGGACCUACGCUCAUGGAGUCUGCCUUCGAGGGCCAUAAACGUCCCACCACUGAAGGCUUAAAGUCCUCGCAGCAGCGCGGCAUCGUGCCGAGGGUCAUGCAGCAUAUUUUCGAGCGUCUGCCAGAUGCCGAGGUUUCUUUGAGCUAUCUUCAAAUUUAUCAGGAGCGGUGCUACGACUUGCUGCAAGCUGCAACGCUGGCAAAGCCCUUGCGCAUCCGGGAAGAAAGCUUGAAGACGAAGUCCGCGGUUGCAGGCCCAGUAUUCGUGGAAGGCUUGACUGAGGUUUCUGUGGUGAGCUUGGAAGAUUGCCUGUGCCAGCUCAUAGCUGGCUUUGCCAAUGUGGCUUUCCGGUCUACAAACUACAACGAGCAGUCCUCGAGAGCUCACUGCGUACUCACCCUGACGAUCCGUCAGCGCUUGACGGUGAACCAUAAGGCUGUGAUUCGCGAGUCGAAGGUCCGUUUGGUGGAUCUCGCAGGGAAUGAGCGGUGGGUAACGAACGGGCCAUCUCCGUCACCCCAGCAUGCCCGAGAGCUGGCCACCAUCAAUAAGUCGCUGCACACGUUGGGAAAUUGCAUGCAGGUUCUGUCUCAGCCAGGUGCAGCGAAGAAGGAAACUCGCCAUGUCCCGUACCGAAACUCGACUUUGACCCUGCUACUUCGCGACAGUCUGGCUGGAAAUAGCUACACCUUGAUGCUGUGUACCAUCUGUUGUUCUUUGCUCUAUCAGAUGCAGACCCUUUGCACCCUUCGCUUUGCGGAUCGGGUGAAGCGCGUGCAGAUGAAGGCCCACGUAUGUGACGUGCUGGAUGUGAAGGAGGCUCGGUCCCAGAUGCAGGCAGAGAUGGAAUAUCUCCGUGCGGUCGUGACGACGGGAGCCGAUGGCCGAGCAUUGGAUGAGCUCAAGUCGCGGAUUUCACAGCUCCAGCAAGCGUGUAGUGGCCUGGAAGGAGAGAACCGGUAUCUUCGGGAGCAAAUCGCCGAGUUGGAGAAGCAACAUCUCGGGAAGUCUAUGCCACCGGCAACGGGCGGCACCAAAGCAACACGAGUCUUGCGGCGUGUCUGCAGUGAACCGAGCCUUCCGGGACCAGACCCAUGGUUUCAGCUUGAAGACGAUCUUCAGGACAUCCACGCAGUCUGCCAUCGGAGCCAUUCUAACAUGGGGAGGCUGCGACCUUCGGGCACAUGUCCUGAAGGGCAUGAGCUGGUAGACUUGGGAAGCAGUGCAGAGCCAUCUCCUGAAGCUGCCAAGGUGGCGUACACUGAAUGGCACUGUGAUGGUGCCGGUUGCUACGGAAGCUCACUUGCUCCAGACCUCGGGCGCUACCAUUGCAGCCUUUGUCAGCACGACUUGUGCCAGAACUGCUACGACCAGUUGGUGCGUCAGCCUCAGACGGAGCGGGUGCGCCGCACUUCCCUUGUGCCAGUCAAGCCAAAGCCGGAGCCAUCGAGGACCCCGCGCCGACCUGUUCUUGCUUGGGCGGAGCCAAAGCCAAAGAGUCGCUCCGAAGCAAGUGAAGGACAGGCCACCCAGGCCCCCCAAGCCGCCCACGGCCCAGGCCAGAGUCAAGCUCAGGCCCAGGCCCAGUGGGCACCCAGCAAAAAGCAGCAAAGCCUGGAGCGCUUAGAGGAAACUUCCAGAGCGCCAGCAGCGCUCCGCAAGCCUCGUGGUCAGAGCCCGCGAAAGCCUCUGCAGUUUCCUCAGCUCCGUGGUCCUGUUGAGACCUCCAUCACUUCCUUCGCUUCAGCUUCCACGGCCUCCACGACCCCGGAACCCUUGCGGAAGAGGCUGCAUGCGCAAGCAGAGCAAAGGAGAAGCUACGCACCUGUCCGAGGCAAACGCGCUACUGCCUCGCUGCCCCCAUUGUCGCUCGCGACGCCGCGAAUGCAAGCGGCCCCUUCGGGCCCGACAUCGACAAGACGAGAAGAUGCGGAGCAGAAGUCUGGUCCGCUCGCUUCAGUCGAACGGGAAACCCGCUUGCUGAAUGCUUCCGACAAAACCCGGGCGGCCGUGACGGAGAGCCCCAGACUUGACCACGGUCGUGGCCAGUCGCAGCCUCCCACCAAAGCUGUGCCCCCGAGCAAUGGUCAACCUGCAUCUGCUCGGCGCCCCGUGCCUGCAGCAAUGGCAGCAGCAGCCGUUAGCCUUCUGCCCGAGACAACUGACAUGAGGGCCUUGCUGGGAGACCUGAAUGCGAAGCAUGCAGGAUCUGCCACGUGA